UGCGCACUUCGCCGCCGCCGCCGACGGACGGGCAGGGAGACGGACGGCGAGAGAGACUCCGUCCCUCGCACACACACACGGGCUCCUCCAUCCUCACGGGCAGGCGGCGGCAGCUGCUGCUGCUGGGCCGCGCGGAGCCUUCCGUAGCUGUCGACGGACGCCUGGCAGGCGGGACCCCCACAGCCCGGAUAUGGCUCGUGGACAACAGAAGAUCCAGUCACAGCAGAAGAAUGCCAAAAAGCAAGCUGGGGCAAAGAAGAAACAAGGCCAUGAUCAGAAGGCUGCAGCUAAAGCUGCUCUAAUAUACACCUGCACCGUCUGUAGGACACAGAUGCCAGAUCCCAAGACCUUCAAACAGCACUUUGAGAGCAAGCAUCCGAAGACUCCGCUCCCUCCAGAACUGGCAGAUGUUCAGGCGUAAAAGUUCACAGGUGAAUUCAUGGAACCUAUUGACUCUUCUACUGUCAGACAUUGCAUAACAAACCUGCAGCUGCUUUUCUAACAAACUGUUGAUCAGCAAAAAUGAAGGGGCUAUAGAAACAUUCAUAUUUUUAUGCUGUUCCUCUUGGGCGUCAUGUAAAGAUGAAUCUAUGUAACUGUACAGUUGUGCCCUACUUGGAAAUCUGAAAAUUGGUUCAUUCUUAAAUUUUUUACAGUUGUAAUUAUAUUGAUGUUCAUAUUGUGUAAAAUAACUCAUUUAAUAAAAUAGUACUUUGAUUUUACAAUAUCGCAGGUAAAAUACUUGUAGAAGUUCUGUUUUCAAUACCUGUUUUAUUUGCCUUACGAAAUCCUAACAAGUGGACUUCUCCCACAGCCAAAAACUAAAUGGUGUCACUUGCUCUUUAACACUUAUUACUGUUGAGUCCACAUUAACUAGAAAAAUUCUUUCUCCAUUCGAUAUUGCUUUGAGCCUGGUUAUUUUCUAAAACACUUAAUGUCUUUGACUGAAGUAGUGUUUUCUUUCAACUCUGUUUAGUUUGGAGUGCCUGCUCUACUGACCCUUAUGAAAUUUCAUUCUUGUAUAUAAAUGAGCUUUUACCUUACAUUUAUGCACUGGAGACAAGUGCAGUACCAGUGAAUCCUCAUGCUAGGUGGCAGGCUGGUGGAAGUAUAAUAGAACUGAAGUUUUGUUUUGGUGUGAUCUGAAUGAUCAUAUUUGCUAUAGCAAGUUAAAAUAAUUUAUCUCUGUUGUGAAGUUCCACUGUGGAAACUCCUAAAUGCACCUAUGAGAAGUCAGCCACACUGGCUACAUUAGUGUGUAAAAAAUGACUACUGUAAUGGUUUCCUUGUAUGAAAGCAAAUGUUAAAUAAAUCUGUUUCAAAGAA